AUGAUCAAAACUAUGAUUUUUAUUGGACCAACAUAUUAUCAACGUUUGAAGCACAUGGUUCAGGAUAAAAUGUACGCUAGAAGUCGUGGUUGCGUUACUUUUUUAACUUGUCAAGCACCUGAAAGCAGAAGCAGAGAGGGUGGACUGCAAUUGGGUGAGAUGGAACGCGAUGCAGUAAUUGCUCACGGACUUGCCAAGUUCUUUAAAGAGCGUAUGUUGGACUGUGCAGAUGCAUAUUCAACUUACGUGUGUGGUAUGUGUGGUAUAUUUGCCAGAGGAGUAGACUCUCGUUACAGCGAGCCUGUAACUGGCACAGACGAUGUGUACUACUGUUCAAAGUGCAACAACUACACAGACAUUCAUCAAAUCAUGAUUCCUUACGCAUUUAAGCUAAUGUUGCAAGAGUUAAUGGCAAUGAACAUCGUUCUGUGUAUUAAAGUGCAAAAACAUCAAAUUGUGUGA